AUGGUGAGGCCGCUGGCCCACGCGGCCCCUUCGGAGGUGCGGCAGGGUAGCGCCGAGCCGACUCGUCGCGACACAAACCUGCUAUCAUUUGACGUUGCCAUGGUCGUGGACUUGCCAGCCUGGAGCCGCCCGCAUGGCGGCUCGCGCGCCGAGGCGCCGCGCCGUGUUGCCCGAGUGAUCGUUCAGCCAGGGGGAGGCCGCCGGCGGCGGGGUGACUCCAGGGAGUUCUCGAGCCAAACUGGGCCCGAGAGUCCGAGAGGAAGUCUCCGCAGCAAAGGCGGCUGUUGGGCGACGUCGAGGCCAGCGCCAUCGGCACGACCCUUGCUCGACCCUGGGCCGCCGUCGCUGCUGGAAAGCCAGGCGUAG